UCCUGGCCUAUAAAUUCAAAGGCCAUUUUUCCUUCACAACAUAUCCUAUUUACAACAAGAAAAUCUUUCCAGUUUCUAUUUUCUCACAACAAAACUGAAAAUGUCUUGCUGUUCAGGAAAAUGUGGCUGCGGCGCUGAUUGCCAUUGUGGCAGUGGCUGUAACGGAUGCGGUAUGUUCCCUGACAUAAUAGAGAAGACUACAACUGAGACUAUUGUUCUUGGUGUGACAACUCAGAAAAUGCACUUUGAGGGAUCUGAGAUGGGAGUUGGGGUUGAGGGUGGAUGCCCGUGUGGAGACAACUGCAAAUGCGACCCUUGCACUUGCGGGAAGUGAACAACAAAGAGAAGCAGAGUGGCCUUUGUCAUUUUAACUAAAUAAAUUCUAUUACUUUAGUAUGUAUCAGCAAAUCUUCAUGAGGAUUUGGUUCUUAAUUAUGUGUAAUGUGGCUUUUCUGCUAUGUCAGAAUGUAUUAUGAUAUUUAAGAAAGUUUGUUUUCAAUUGAAAGAAUGGCAGUUCCUUUCUCUUUGACUAAA